CCACUCCCCACCCCCCAGCCCGCACCUACGUCUUGAGACCUCUCCCCGCCUCGCCCCCCUCCUUCCUGAUCCAUGAUCCCAGACACCCCCUAAGAUGCUAAGACAAGGCCCCUUCCUUCUCCUGGCUGCGUCCAUGUCGUAUUUCAACCCAGAGAAAGCUUUGGCAGCGCCUUCGGAAAACGAUGGUUUGACCCAAGGCCGGGCUCCCCUGGCCCCUCCCUAUGCUGUGGUCCUGAUCUCCUGCUCAGGCUUGCUGGCCUUUAUCUUCCUCCUCCUCACCUGCCUGUGCUGCAAGCGGGGCGAUGUGGGGUUCAAGGAAUUUGAGAACCCUGAUGGAGAAGAAUAUUCUGGAGAAUACACACCACCUGCGGAAGAGACGUCCUCCUCUCAGUCUAUCCCGGAUGUCUACAUUCUGCCUCUCUCAGAGGUCUCGCUCCCGACCUCCAACCAGCAGAUGCCGAAAACAGAUCUAGUUAAACACCUGGGACUCAGCAGGCAACACCUCAGUUAUUUGCAGGAGAUUGGAAAUGGCUGGUUUGGAAAGGUAAUCCUGGGUGAAAUAUUCUCAGAUUUCACCCCUGCACAGGUGGUAGUGAAGGAGCUACGGGUGAAUGCUGGGCCACUGGAGCAGAGGAAAUUCCUGUCAGAGGCCCAACCAUAUCGAAGCCUCCAGCAUCCAAACAUAUUGCAAUGCCUCGGCCUGUGCACAGAGACCAUCCCUUUCCUGCUCAUCAUGGAAUUCUGCCAGCUGGGAGAUCUGAAACGUUACCUUCGAGCUCAGCGCAAAGCAGACGGGAUGACCCCUGACCUGCUGACCCGUGACCUCAGCACACUACAGCGCAUGGCCUACGAGAUCACUCUGGGAGUGCUACAUUUGCAUAAAAACAACUACAUCCACAGUGAUCUGGCCCUUCGGAACUGCUUGCUGACCUCUGACCUCACAGUGCGCGUUGGAGACUAUGGCCUGUCGCACAACAACUACAAGGAAGACUAUUACAUCACUCCAGAUCGGCUCUGGAUCCCUUUGCGCUGGGUUGCCCCGGAACUGUUGGAUGAGAUGCACGGAAGCCUCAUUGUGGUGGAUCAAACCAAGCAGAGCAAUGUCUGGUCUAUGGGGGUGACCAUCUGGGAGCUUUUUGAGUUUGGCUCCCAGCCUUACCGCCACCUCUCUGACGAGGAAGUGCUGACCUUUGUCGUCAAGGAGCAGCAGAUGAAACUGGCCAAGCCACGCCUUAAGCUUCCUUACUCUGACUAUUGGUAUGAGGUCAUGCAGUCCUGCUGGCUCCCGGCUUCCCAUCGCCCAACCAUGGAAGAGCUGCACUUGCAGGUGAGCUACCUGUUGAACGAGCGCUCCAACGCUCAGGCGGAGGAGAGCUUCGAGUGGCGCUGGAGCGCCCUGAAACCCAAGCGCUCCUCUUCACCGCCCCCGGCCUCCUCUUCUUCCUCGGCAUGCCACCGCCGCCCCUCGGGAGAGAUCUCGGCCUACCCGUUGCUGGACGGGUUCCACGGCGGCGACAUGGACGACAUCCUGACGGUGACAGAGAGCAGUGGGGGGCUGAACUUUGAGUACAUGUGGGAGAAGGCCCGCCUGGGGCGGUGGAAGGGCCCUGCCUCGGCACCGCCCGACUACCCCUCCAGCAACGGUGGGCUGGCUGUGCCGGGCAGCAAUCCUUUCUAUGAACAGGCAACGCAGCGUGGGCACAGCCUGGAGACACCCAGCGUCGUGCCCGUCAUCAGUGCCCGCAGCCCCUCGGUCAGUAGCGAGUAUUACAUCCGCCUGGAGGACCAUGGGAGCUGCGAGGAGCCCGUCUGCGCCCCCAGCCCUGGAUCCCCACCCCAACCUCUCUUUCCUUCGGAUUGGGACUCCCACGGCGCCCCCUACCGGCCGCAGGAGCAGCCCAGCACCAAUCCCUUCUUGGCCGGGGGCGGAGGGGACAGCAACCCCUUCCGCGUUGACGGCGAGAUCCAGGAGACGUCUCUGACCGAGACCCCGACGUCGGGGGGAGAGGCGUUCCUAGCAGAGUCCCUGCUCACAGUAUACCGCGAGCUGGAGGACCAGCAUCGCAGCUGGGAUGCUGAGAUGGAGGAAAGAGGGGCAGGGGAGACACUGGCCGGGGACCCCUCGGAGUUCCAGGGUUCGCCCUCGUGGGAACAGGAGCCAUCGCUGAUGGAGGACCAGAGCUCUGGCAGCAGCACCGACGGGGGCGGGAGUAGUAUCGGGGGCGGGCGCCACAACCUCCUGCCGUGCCCGCUGUGCACCCGGGCACGUUGCACAUGCGCCAUCCCUCGGGGGGACAUGGUAAGCGGCUGGAGCAACCACGGGCCGCCCCUGCGGCGCCCUUACCGCGACAGCUAUGGCACGGAGGACGACUCCUCGCUAAAAGUGGAGCGGGGCUCCCUUUCUGACUGUCCAAUGCUGCCCCCUAGGGACUGCGAUGGGGAUGGCGGGGAGCGCAGACAAUUCUAUGACCCGCUGAUGGGCACGGCGGUGAAGACUUAUGAGCUCCAAGACUACCCGAAGCAGAGAGGCGGGGGGAGCGUUCGCCCACCUGGGUCGCCCUUCCCGGCCCUGCCCUCUGGCUGCUGCAAUGUGAUUGUUCCGGUGGAGAUACCACCAUUGUCCACACUAGCCGAAAGCAAUGACGAGGAGACCAUCGCGAUCCUCCCGGAAGUCAUCGAUGGAUUCUCCACUGGCCCAGUGACCUUAAGCCUCUCCCCUGCGGUACCAGAUCGGCAACGGGGAACCCUAGACUCAGUGGAUUCCUUGGACAUUCCUUCCAACACCAGCUCCUCGGACGUCUGCAGCCCAGCAUCCCACUACUCCUCUCCGGGGCAAAAGUUUGGCGACAGCGGCUACGAAACGGAGAGCACUUUCUCACCCGAGUUCAUCUUCAAAGAGGAACCGCCACCGCCACCUUCUGGAGAAGAGGAAGAAACAGAGGCAGAAGAAGAUUCCGGCAAACUCCCGACAGUGUCCAUUUCUCAGUCCACUAGUGAUCUUACCUUGUCAGUAAGUGAAGAAGGGGCGGAGCUAGAGGAGGAAAUAGGGAGGAGCCUGGGGCUAGCAACACCUCACCGGGACUCAGCCUACUUCUCUGACGGGGAGGGAGAACCGGCUGAGGCACCAGCUGCUGCUGGGCCUGAGCGCAGGAAGCCCACAGAGAAGGUGACAGUAGACAGAGGCUUUGUGGUCCAAGUGUGCAAGGAGCAGCUGUUGGUCACACUGCAAGAGAACGUCACACGCAACCUACUCUGUAGUCAGAGUAGGCUGCCGACUCUGAGGCUUUCUCCAGCGGCUCCCUUGAAGGAGCAGGCUGUUGUCCGGCUGUGGACCUUAGAGCCAGAGGAGGGGAAGGAGACGGAGGAGGAAGAGGUCAAGAAAAGCCACAAUGGAGAUGCUACGGACUCCCAGUGGCCAGAAGGUGUGGAAGAUAAAGUGGAGGAGGAGGAGGAGGAGGAGGAGAAGCAAGAAGAGGGAAGAGGAGAUUCUGAAAAGAUGCCGUCAGAGCUGGAGGAGGAGGAGGAGAAAAGGAAAGAAGGGGAGAUGCCAAGCCAGAUGGAGAUCCAAAGUGUAGCAGUGCCCAUCGUGGUCGAAACACGGGAUGCUGCCCAGGAAGACAGAUAUGUAGCAGCUGAGCAGCCCAAAAAGGAUCAGGAACCUGGCGUCCCUGCAAACCAAGCCAGUGAGGAUAUCAAAGCUAAGCUCUCCCGCUUAUCUCUGUCGCUUCCCCCUCUGGCCUUGCAGACGUUCCCCCCGCUUGGCGGGGGAAGGAAAGGGCCAUUCUGGGAAGGAGCGGCUUUUGGGGAGGGUCCAGCGCUGGGAGGGAGAGAGGCUGCCAUAGCGGCAGAGGAUGAGGAGGAAGAUGAUGCUGAAGAGGAAGAGGAAGGAGGCCUGGCUGGAGGCGGAGGGCGGGGUGUCCCCAUUGUGGUGAGCGAAAGUGAUGACGCCCGUAACUUGCGUGGCCUUCUCAAGUCACCACGCUCAGCUGAGGAGGCGGCGGCUGAGCUCGACCGUAAGCGGAAGAUGGUCUCCUUCUUUGACGAUGUCACCGUUUACCUCUUUGAUCAGGAGACACCAACCAAUGAGCUGAGUUCCCAGGGAGCUCCAGAUGGUGAUUCCCCCUCCCCUGGUUCAAUGGCAGAACCAGGACUUGAUGCCUUCCCUUCUGCUGAUGGCUUCAGUGGCAGUUUUGAGUGGGAUGAUGACUUCCCCCUGAUGGCUCAGAACCCGUCCUAUGUCUCCAUGGUGCCCGACCCAAACGCAGCCAAGCCCCACCCGGUUAUGUCGUCACCUGUGCCCAUGGCCCCUGCCUUGCUGCCAGCAACCAAGCGGGCUGAGUCUGGCCUUGUGGAUGCCCUGAGGUUCUCUCGCUUCACCGUCUCUCCUGCCCUUGAACCACACCUUUCUUCAUCCUGUGACACCGAAUUGGGACCCACGGCUGAUCCCAUUGAGAACUGAGACCAAGUAGAAAUCGGACAACUCCGCCUCUUCUUCUCUCGACAUUCAGGGACGACGCCCAGUCAUCCAGUUGACUUGCCCAUGAUGCCAAGAUUUCACCCGCCAGUUCCUGUGGCGGAUGGACAGACAGAUGUGUUUGUGUGUGCGUGCGUUUGCGUGCAUGGUGUGUUGGGGGGGGCCAUUGUUGCUAACUGGAGCCUGACAUCAUAGGGACUGUUUUUGCCCUCCCUCUCCUGCCCAACAACUCACCCCCACUUCUGGGGAAGGGGCAGAACUUUUUGUAUAAACAAUCAUGAGCCAAUGAGUGAUGAGGGGGGCAUCUCCUUGAUUUUAGGGGCCCCUGCCGAGCACCUGCUAUUGAAUGUAUAACCCUUGUGCCCCCUCCUGGCUUCCCUUCAGCAAUCUGAUAUGUCCCUUAUAAGGACCCUCUGUGCCAAAUUGAGAGGGUUGGGUUGGGAAACGGGGGUUUCCAGGAAGUGGCGUCUGACCUGCUCAUGAGCCUUCUCCUUCAGUUCCCCGAACCUCAUCAGCUGCAUCUUGGAAUGUGGAACAUGGCUGCCAAUUUAAAAGAACAACACCCUUUUUGUGCCAAAUGGAACUGAAUAGGGCUGGUGAUCCUCCCCUUUUAACCAGCGUUAUAUACAAAAGAAAAGACUGUUGAUUCAAACAGAGUUUUGUCGGCAAAACUUCAUCACCAAGUCAGACACAUGGCCUUGGAAUUACCAGCGGACAAUUGGACUCCACAAGGCAGGUGGAUGAGAUUUGGUUGGGUAGGGGCCCUUUGAUCUGACACCUCUGCAAGGGCAUGAUCCAGAAGUAUCAUUUUUGAGAAGAGACGCACAUUGGCUCAGCACUCAUUGGGAUGAACCGACAUGGGAAGAUGUUGACUUGGUCACAACACCUACUUAGUGGCCAUAUAAAGGACAGCCAUGGGUUAAUUUUCCCAGGCUGGUUGGUGUGUCAUACAUGGAAAAAAAAAAAUCCAUCGCUCAUACUUAGCGUUGACAGAGAUGGCUAGCUUUUAUUGGGAUUGGCCUUUUCCUGACCUUCCCAGUCCUCCACUGGUUGAUAUUGGGAGGUGAAUAAAGGCUACUGGGCCCUACUGGGAUA